AUGAAGAUCCUUGAGGCUCAGUCGGCAGUUCUGACCAACUUUGAGGUCUAUCAACACCUGAAUGAACGUAAGCUCGGCCAGAAGAAGCGUGAGCGUGGAGAGCGCCGCGGCCCCGGCAACCUUGAGGCGUUGGCAAGAGAGCUCCUCCAAUACCUGCGCACACCACCAAACCCGCUCAGCCAGGAGCCCAUCACUUACCACCCAGACUGUAUCACCAAGCUUCUGGAGAGAUUUCAGCCCUUUGACUUGGCCAAGGGCGAGGUCAUCAUGAUCCUGAACCUCCGUCCAGCAUCCGUCGCCGCUCUGAACACCGUCAUCGAAGAGAUGCCUGAGCGCUUUGACGAGAACCAGCAAGAACAAAUAGUCAACAUCAUUGCCGAAGUGCUCGGUUCAUUCCCUCAGGAGGUAGAGCCGGAAGAAGGUGCCGAUGAGGGUGCUGCGAACGGCGCUGCUUAG